UUUGGAUUGGAGAUAUCUAAACCUGUAACACGCUGAAAAUAAAUACCCCGUAUCAUUCAAAAUUUGAAAUCCUAAUAGCUUCUCAAGAGAAGCCAGUUAACAAUUUGCGCUGCUCCGACGGUACGAAAUCCCCUGAGUUUCCGAUAAUGAGAGGAACAUUUCGACAUCCCGGGGGCAGAGAGUCAACAGCGCCGGAACGUAGGCCUCCACCUCCCACUCCCACCGCCGACUCAUCCUCCGAUGCAUGGCAGAUGUCUUCUUGCGGCAACCGCGACUCCGACGGCAGCUUCGCUAGCUUUGCCAGCAGCCGACCAUCCUCGUCAUUUGACGUAAACCCUAGGCCGCCCGUCGUCCAUGUCACCGACCGGAACUAUCAAUCCUUCGCUAUCCGCGCAGUUAACGACUUCCUCUCCGCUCACUCUCUCCCAUUCUCCCUCAAGCCUCCCUACCCUACCGCCAAUUCCAUCACUGAGACAGUCAAGUUCAUCCUCUCUCAAUUUGGUGUCCCGACUACCAAGUCUCAGAAAAUCGAAGAUGACUUCCAAGCCCUACUGAAAUCCUUAAAAUGCCCCGUCAAAUUGAAUCGAUCUGUUCUUCGUGCCCCUGGAACUCCCCAUACAUGGCCCAAUUUGCUUGCUGUUCUUCACUGGCUGGUUCAGCUCCUCAUGUACGACGAUCACCAGCUAAACUCGUCUCAGACUCAGCUUGUAGUCCUGGAAAAUCGGAUGUUUAGGUAUUUUGUCCAGACUUAUAUGCAUUUCAUCAGGGGAGAGGAUGAUGAAGUGAAAAAAUUGGACGCUAGAAUCAAACAGGAAAUGAUGGGCGAAAAGCAGAGAAUCGUAGACCAAGCAAAUACAUUGGAAAGGAUGGGCCAGAAGUUGGAGGAAGAGCUGGAGGGCAUGAAGGCUCGGCCUAGCGAGAGGCAGGCGUUGGAGGCUGAGAAAACUGUCUUGGAGUUAGACGUGAAGAAGUUUCAUGAUAUGAUUGAGAAGUUAGAAGGGUACAAAGCUGAAAUGAGGGGAUUGUUAGAGAAGAAGGAAAAAGCCUUGGAGGUUAAGAUAUCUGAGAAGGACAGGAUUUGUGUGGAGAAUGAGGAGUUGAAGAGAAGUGUUGAAGAGCAGGGAAUUAAUGCCAGGGAUGCUGAAAGGAUGAAGCGAGAAUUGCAGGCCUUGGAAGGAAUCAUUGCAGAGAUUGAGGAUGCUAGGAAUAAAUGGGAGGAGAAGGGUUGGGAAUUGGACUCUCUUAUGGAACAUAAUUUGGAGAAACUUGAGCAGCUUAUGAUUGAGUGCAACCAAGCUAUGCGAAGGUUAAAACUAGGAAAGGAAUUGCAUUAUCAGUUGGAGGCCAAAGGAUCCUCACUAGAGGAGGUCUUAGGAAUAGACUACAAAUCUAUUCUAAAGCCUGCACUUGCUUCCUUGGAGGAGGAAUUUAAGAAAAGUUCCAUGGAGAAGUUAGAAGCGUUGAUCUCUCUUCAGCAACUAUCUGUGGACACGACUACUAAAAUUGAAUCGAAAAAGAACCACCUUACCUCUCUUCAAGCUCACAUUGAUGAGGUUGAAGGACAGUCUGCGAGAAUACGGAGGGAAACAGUAGAGAUCACAUCUAGAUGUGCAUCUGAAGCAAAAAAGUUGGCAGAGGAUAUUGAAGCAGAGGGUCAACGUAUUGAGCUUGUCGAGAGAGAGGGAUCAGCUUUUCUCAAUGCAUUAAAUGCCAAAUUGCAGGAAGUAACGACACAAAGCGAGAAAGAAGUGCAGAAUUGUGCUCGCCAAUUAUUUGCUACUGUUGAUUCGUUAUCAAAAUAUAAAGAGUAUGUGGCCUCCAAAGCUGCAGUUAUGAGAAACAAUCUCCUUGAAACUGCUUCCACCAUAGCCAAUCUUCACAAAGGAGUUUCAUUAGUACAAUCUAAUGAGUAGAUAUAUUUGCCUCAUCCUUAUCCAGAAGUCGUGUUGUAUUUUUUAUGUUGCCAUUUAUGUAACGCUUCUAUAAGCUAAUAGUUUCAGCAGUUUUAAUGCAACACUUGUGUCUUUUCUUGC